AUGGGCGCGACUACGCUCACCGGCAUUGUUACGAAAGCGGGAGUGAUGGCGAAGACGGUCACCAUGACCGUAGCCAAGACCAAGACGCACCCCAAGCUGCUCAAGACGUAUGUGCGGCACACGAAGUACCUCGUGCACGACCCCGACAACUCGCUGUCGAUUGGCGAGCACAUCCGUGCGCAGGCAUGCCGUCCACUGUCCGCGCGCAAGCGCUUCGUCGUGGUCGAGCGCCUCGGCUUCCAGAACGCGCCGAUGCACGACGAGCCCGAGUCGUCACAGGCCCUGCACCGCGCCAAAACAGAGGCGGCCAUGUCCGCCGCGCAGCGUGAGUGGAUCAAGAUCGAGCAGCGCGUGAAGAACGAGUCCAAGGCGCGCGUGUAG